AGAGGCGGCAAAACUUCCCCCGAAACAUUUCGCCGUCCCGUCUCCUUCUCCUGCUCCUCCUCCUGCCUCCCGCGCGCUCCCCUCCUCGCCCCCGCGAGGCCGAGGGGAUCGUCCGGCCGACCGGAGCCCUGGUCGACUCCGGUGGGCGCCCGCCCUCAUCGCCCCUUGGCUCCGCGCUUGGCUUUCGUCCCCGGCCCCGAGGCCGGCUCGCCGCCGGCGGAUCCGUCGCCGGAGCUACUAGGGUUUCGCGGCAUCGGGCCUCGCCGCCGCCGAGAUCUAGGGUUUCGAGCUCAGGAAGGGUGGAAGUUUCCUAAGGCUAGAUCAAUAUUGAACCUGAUAGUUACCACAGCUGACGAAUAUCAAACAAUCAUGAAAGCUCCUGAGCAGCGCCGUAAACCAACUGAUACAGAAGCAAAGGCCAAACUUGGUGGUGAUAAGUUGCAUUGCCUGAAGCCAGGAAAAUACACCCACAAAUCAUCAGGCAAUAUCGGGGCAAAAUGCAGAAGAGAAGAUGCUCAAUCAUUUACCAGCAGUAAGAUUGCAUUGAAGGGUGGUAGCUUUAUGGAAGUACCAUUUAACAAUUCGACAAACUUACCUGCUCAACCACCAAAUUAUUCUAAAAAGAUGAAGCUUCAGUUUUUUCCAAUAGAUGAGGCGAUUCAAAAGGUUCUACAGCAGGAGAAACACAAUCCUUACCUUGAGUUGACCUUGGCUCCUCGAAAGAAGAUGUCCUCAAUUGUGCAACAUCUGAACACAAAAUGGGGCCGUUCUAGCUGCGCAAAAGGCGAGCUCAUGCUCUUCCCAUAUGGUGCUAGACCGGAUAGCUUAGUUGGCAGUGAAAAAUGGACUGUUAAUGAUUCUUGCACUGCUGCUGAUGUUUAUGUUGCUGUUGGCAGCCCUUCAACAUUUCGCUUAAGGUAUGGAUGGUUUGAGCACAAUUUGAAGCAACAAAGCAGCGAAGAAUCUUUUGCACCCAUGCACUCUGCAGAAAAGACCAUCGGUGACAAACCUUCAGAUCAUUUUGUGUUUCCAAACAAACCUUCAGAUCCUUUUGAGUUUCCAAACAAACCUUUAGAUCCUUUUGAGUUUCCAAACAAACCUUCAGAUCCUUUUGAGCUUCCAAACAAAUCUUCAGAUCCUUUUGAGUUUCCAAGCAAACCUUCAGAUCCUUUUGAGUUUCCAAGUAAAUUUACCAGUCCAUCCGAUGUGUGUAACACGGAACAGACUGUGGUGGAUAACCAAACCAAAGUGACACCUCUCUCGUGGAUAGACUGCAUAUCCAAUAUCAGUUUCGGAGCACUCUUAUCACAGGCUGUACCCUCUCAAGACAGUAAACAACCGCCUUUGCAAAAUAGCUCGAUUCUCCAGCAGAUUCCUGCUACGUGCGAUUCAUUUGAUGCUGCUAUUGCCUCCUUGAUUGCUCACCAGCAAACAAGUAACCAACCGAAGGUCUCACAUCCAUCUGUUUGGGAUGCAGAAGAAACUUGUCAUGCAUUUCCCCGGAAUCAAACUUCAGCCAGGAUGUUCUCUUCAGCUCAUGGCAACAGUAGUGCUAUUACCCCGUCUAUCCUGGGUGCAAUUCCUGAGUCUGAUACAGAUGGCAACCAGCGUUGUUCUACUGAAGGCAGGAAAGAGGAAUCAACCCCUCAGAUACCAGGCUUGGGCAAUAAUGAUAAUGUGAAGCCAGAUGUGCCAAUGCCUGAAUCCACCGGUGAGCCAGAGCUUGGGGCAUUUGACUCUAGGCUUUUGAGUGGAACCGACAGUUUAGGUCUAAGUGGCUUGCUAGCAAACAGCUUGGAUGCAUUUCCGAAGUUCACUGUUUCGUAAGGCUCAGAAAUUUACAUUGAAGACCUGAAGUUAUAGAUCCUGUAAAGAUCACCGUUUGGUUUCUUGCUUCAAGAACCGAUUACUUUUGGGCUUACUGAAGCUGGUCGUGUAGAUAAUCAGUUAACGGCCCAUCUUAGUCACAUAAACUUAAUUCUUACUGAUCGCUCGCUACUUGCGAGAAUUCUGUAUUUUCAAAAUUGUUCAUAAUCUGCUUGGUUGCUUACCGUUUUGUA